AUGCCAACCGGUGGCUCUUGUUGCAUUCCCCCUGUUUAUGGAUACAGUUCACCACAUGCUCAGGCUUCAAACCACACCUUCAGAUUUAAUCUGAGCAUCACUAAAAAAUCUGACUGUAUCCGGAGAUCAAAUGUGGUCCAUAUCUGUCAUUUUCCAGCUUACAAUUCCUUCCAGAUCUGUGACAGAGAUAAAAUGCAGCCACAUCCUGGUUACAGGAACAGCUGCAACAACAAGGCUGUUGAUGGUGAUGGGGGCUCAACCAGUAAUUGUUCUGAUUUGGACAAGAACAAUGUUAUCGACCUUAGCAGCAACAACGAAGGGGGUGAUGAUAGUUGUUUGACUGGGUGCAGGAGGGAGAGGAGUGAAGGGCAUAAGGAGGAGGGGAAGGAAGCGCACAGGUGUAACACAGUGAUUAACCUCUGUACCAGGGGGCACAUGGGAUGCUGUGGGCCACCUUUCCAUUACGCAAAGUCUAGGUACAGAUAUACCAGAAUUAGGAAUGAAGGGAGGGUCAUUAAUGAUAGGAAAGAGGGAAAUUAUGGAGGGGGGGUGAAACAAGGCAACCAACAGAUUCAUUUAUACAAUUAUCCGGAUAAUGAUUUGUUUUUCUCAAUUCUGUCGCUUCUAUGUAGGGUUAAUAAUGAGCUUCAACAUGGGAAAUCAGCACCACAAACUAAAGGGCAGAGCAGGCAAACCCAGAGAGAGAGCUGGGUGUUUCCCGGUGCUUGUUUCGGCUGUUUGGACAGAAUAGAAAUGGGGGAUGGAUAUUUAGCUGAGUUUAUGGUCCCCGAGGGAGGCAUAGCUCAGAGAAAUCUCCCCAUCCAAUUUACCCCCAGCAACAUAACCGGGACGCACGGCCAACAUGUUUUAUCCAGCAACAGCACAAUUCAGGAAAUCACAUUAAACUACCCUGCCCCGGUGCUCAACACGCCUAUCAACAGACACACGGAUGAUUAUGCAGUCGAUGGAAAACUAUACAAACCGCUUCAACUGUCUGCUCAGACACUACACACUUCUGAAACAGAGCCUCUUGGUGACUCUGGCUUUUUCUCACCUGCUGAACUUCCUGUUAAACCUCAUAGUAAUGUUUUGUCAGCCACAUCUCAUUCUGCAAGUGGAAUAAAACCUUGUCUUCUCACAACAGCAAAUCACACCACAGAGUUUUCAGUACCACGGACAGCGCCACUCGACUCUCUGAGUGUGUUUUUGUGGAGCUCUUUCAACACUAACAACAACAACAAUAACAACAAUGAAGAGGAGAAGGGAACUGAUGUGGUAAAUGGACAAAGUCGUGGAUCCGAAAUGGAGAAAUCUUCGUGGCACGCUCUUCCACAGCAGCCAAACCUGUGGGAGAGCGCACCGCAUGACAUAGUUCAAGCGGCGUGCGCUGACAGCAUUUCCACUGACUCUUCAGCCACUGAGCGCCGGGAUCAGGCUCACAUGCAAUUAAAAUCCGGUAAGCAAGUGUCUUUAGAGCUAGAACGUGUCAGACAGUCGCAUAUGCAGCAGAUGGGGGCUGAGGGAGGAAGAGAGAAGGAGGGAGAGUGGGUAGGAGAGGGCUUGGAGGGGUCCGCUGCUGUUGAUGCUGCUGCUGCUGCUACUGGGGGAGGAAAAUUACAGGUGGGGGAGGGCAAAAGAGAGGCGCGGCUGAUGGGAGGGAGAGAACCAAGGGGAGACGGGGAAGAGGAGGCGGAGUGGGAGAGGGAAAAGGGAAUAACAAAGGCAAGCCAGGCAGAGGAGAGAGAGAGAGAAGCAGAGAGAGGGAAGGGUCAGGACAGGGGCACCAGCACCACCGGCAUCACACAACUAAAUAGCAAAAGGGAGAAAAAAGAUAGCAAGGCGGAUGAAAGCCAUGAGGAGGGAGAGGUGGAUGGGGAGAAAGAUGAGGGGAGGCAUAGCUCAAGGGGAGAGAGGAGUCUGGAGCGACUGAUAAUGGUAGCAGAUGAUGAAACCUCACAGGGAGAGAGGGAGAGGAAAACGCUGAUGCCAUGGCCUCGCUCACGGCGUGCAGCCAACAGACAUCCCCAUUUCUCCCUGUACAACUACCAAGUACAAGUGGCUGAGAACCAGCCACCUGGCACGUCAGUCAUCAUCAUGUCUGCCUCAGACCAAGAUGCAGGAGAUGCAGGCAGAGUCAGUUACACAAUGUCCCCACUGAUGAACAGUCGCUCAUCGGACUACUUCCACAUCCACCCAGACACAGGACUCAUCACCUCCACUCAGAUUCUUGACAGAGAACACAUGGAUCUGCAUUACUUCCGGGUCACAGCAACUGAUUAUGGCUCCCCUCGUCUUUCUGGCACCACAAUGGUUGCUAUAAAUGUGGCUGACCGUAAUGACCAUUCUCCAAUAUUUGAACAGACAGAGUACAGGGAGACAAUCAGGGAGAAUGUAGAGGAAGGCUAUCCCAUCUUACAGCUCAGAGCAACAGAUUCAGACUCCCCAUCCAAUGCUAAUAUUCGUUACCGGUUUGUUGGCGACACAGCUACAAUAGCACGAUCGGCCUUUGAGAUUGACCCACGCUCUGGCCUCAUUACAACCCGUGGAGCAGUGGACCGAGAAACAAAUGAACACUAUACUCUCCAGGUGGAGGCCAGUGACCAGGGGAAAGACCCGGCACCACGCUCUGCCACUGUCAAAGUUUUCAUCACUGUGCUGGAUGAAAAUGACAAUGUGCCACAAUUCAGUGAAAAACGCUACGUGGUGGCAGUGAAGGAGGAUGUACGGCCUCACACUGAGAUCCUUCGUGUCAGUGCGACAGACCGGGACAAAGACAGUAAUGCUGCAGUUCACUACAACAUAAUCAGCGGUAACAGUCGUGGUCAGUUUUCCAUUGACAGUGUCACAGGUGAGAUCCAGGUGGUGGCACCACUGGACUAUGAGUCUGAACGGGAGUACACACUCCGUGUUCGAGCACAGGACAAUGGCCGCCCGCCUCUCUCGAACAACACUGGGAUUGUGAGUGUACAAGUGACAGACGUUAAUGACAACCCCCCAAUCUUUGUCUCCACGCCAUUCCAGGCAUCUGUGCUUGAGAGUGCCCCAGUUGGUAGCUCUAUCCUCCACAUCCAGGCAAUUGAUACAGAUUCUGUUGAUAAUGCUCGCCUGGAGUACAGGUUAACUGGUACCGGCUCUGACACACCCUUCGUUAUCAAUUCUGCCACAGGCUGGGUCACAGUCCGCUCCAUUCUCGACCGAGAAAGUGUAGAACACUAUUUCUUUGGUGUGGAGGCCAGGGAUUAUGGGAUGCCGCCUCUUUCUGCUACAGCGAGUGUUACCAUUACAGUGAUGGAUGUUAAUGACAACCGCCCCGAGUUCCUCCAGAAGGAGUACUAUGCUCGCCUGAAUGAGGAUGCUUCAGUCGGUACCAGUGUAGUGACUGUGACGGCAAUAGACCGUGAUGUCAACAGCGCGGUGACGUAUCAAAUAACGGGAGGAAACACCAGAAACCGUUUUGCUAUCAGCACAGCCGGAGGGGCUGGACUUCUCUCCUUAGCCCUCCCACUGGACUACAAACAGGAGCGGCGUUAUGUUCUCACAGUCACCGCCUCAGAUCGCACGCUCCACGACACCUGCCAAGUACACGUCAACAUCACAGAUGCCAAUACACAUCGGCCUGUAUUCCAGAGCGCCCACUACUCUGUUAGUGUGAAUGAGGAUCAGCCACCUGGAAGCACUGUGGUUGUGAUCAGUGCCACAGAUGAUGAUGUUGGUGAAAAUGCGCGAAUCACAUACUUCCUUGAGGAUAACAUCCCACAAUUCCGCAUUGACCCAGCAACAGGAGCUAUAACCCUCCAGGCAGAGCUGGAUUAUGAGGAUCAGAUGACCUACACUUUGGCCAUAACGGCUAAAGAUAAUGGCAUACCACAGAAGGCAGAUACUACUUAUGUUGAGGUCAAUGUUAAUGAUGUGAAUGACAAUGCCCCACAGUUCCUCAGCCCUAGAUAUCAGGGAACAGUGAGUGAAGAUGCUCCUCCCUUUACCAGUGUCCUCCAAAUCUCUGCCACAGACCGCGAUGCACACGCCAACGGUCGCGUUCAGUACACCUUUCAAAAUGGCGAGGACGGAGACGGAGAUUUCACCAUUGAACCUACAUCUGGCAUUGUACGAACAGUCAGACGUUUAGACCGCGAAAGUGUGCCAUUCUACGAGCUGACCGCUUAUGCUGUAGAUCGUGGUGUGCCACCUCAGCGGACUCCAGUUCACAUCCAGGUGACAGUUCUUGAUGUGAACGACAACGCCCCCGUUUUCCCUGCUGAUGACUUUGAAGUUUUAGUGAAGGAAAACAGUGCAGUGGGCUCUGUGGUGGCUCAGAUCACAGCCACUGACCCGGAUGAGGGCGCAAACGCCCAGAUCAUGUAUCAAAUUGUGGAGGGUAACAUUCCUGAAAUCUUCCAGAUGGAUAUCUUUUCAGGGGAGCUCACUUCCCUUAUUGAUCUUGACUAUGAGGCCCGAAAUGAGUAUGUCAUUGUAGUGCAGGCUACAUCAGCACCUCUAGUCAGCAGAGCCACUGUACGGAUCCGACUGGUGGACCAGAAUGACAAUCGGCCCACAUUACGCGACUUCCAAAUUAUUUUCAACAACUUUGUGUCCAAUCGCUCAAACAGUUUCCCUAGCGGGGUAAUCGGGAGGGUACCCGCCCACGACCCCGAUGUGUCAGACAGGCUGUACUACACCAUUGACAGGGGGAACGAGCUUCACCUGCUGCUCCUGAAUCACACCAGUGGAGAGAUCCGACUGAGCCGAAAACUGGAUAACAACAGGCCUCUGGUGGCUCCCAUGCUGAUCACCGUCACGGAUGGUGUCCACAGCAUAUCGGCCCAGUGCAUCCUCCGUGUUCUCAUCAUCACCGAGGACAUGCUGGGAAGCAGCGUCACUGUCCGUCUCCAGAACAUGUCCCAGGAGCACUUCUUGUCACCCUUGCUGGGUAACUUUCUGGAAGGUGUGUCGGCCGUGCUCUCAGUGCCCGUCGAGGACGUUUUCAUCUUCAACAUCCAGCCAGACUUGGACGCGGCGCCCGGAGGGAUCCUGAACAUCAGCUUCUCUGCUGCUUUGCCUGGUGGAAACUUCUUCCCUUCUGAAGCAUUGGAGGAGCAGCUGUACCUGAACAGGCUGAGGCUGACAUCACUGACACAGAUGGAGGUUCUUCCCUUUGACGACAACGUAUGUCUGCGUGAGCCGUGCCAGAACUACAUGAAGUGCAUCUCGGUGCUGCGCUUCAACAGCUCUGCCCCCUUCAUCUCCUCAAACUCCAUCCUGUUCCGGCCCAUCCACCCCAUCGCGGGCCUGCGCUGCCGAUGCCCCGUGGGCUUCACGGGGGAUUACUGUGAGACGGAGAUCAACCUGUGUUACUCCAACCCCUGCCUGAACGGAGGGGUGUGUGCCCGCAGAGAGGGAGGUUACACCUGCAUCUGCCGGGAAGACUUCACCGGUGACCGCUGUGAGUUUGACCGGCGUCAGGGCAGAUGUGUACCAGGUGUGUGUCUUAAUGGAGGAACAUGUCGAGAGCUUUCCGGUGGAGGUUUCCGCUGUGAGUGUCCUGCCGGAGGCUACGAGCGCCCUUACUGCACCGUCACCGCCCGAUCCUUCCCACCCAAGUCCUUUGUCAUGUUCCGGGGCCUCAGACAGAGAUUCCAUCUCUCUAUCUCAUUAACUUUUGCCACGCUGGAGAACAGUGGUCUGCUCUUCUAUAAUGGACGCUUCAAUGAGAAACAUGACUUCGUUGCCUUGGAGAUCCAUGAAGGACAGGUGGUGCUCAAAUAUUCUACAGGUGAAACUUCCACUCAGGUGAGUCCCUUCCUGCACGGCGGUGUGAGCGAUGGAAACUGGCACACAGUUCACAUCCACUAUUACAACAAGCCUGCUACACGUUAUCCGAAGCGCAGUAUGAGUGGCGAGGCCCAGGGUCCGUCGGAUGAGAAGAUUGCCGUGGUGAGCAUAGACGACUGCGAUACGGCCUUGUCUCUUCGCUUUGGUACACAGCUCGGAAAUUAUAGCUGCGCUGCACAAGGCAAACAGACCAGCAGCAAGAAGUCUCUGGAUCUGACUGGUCCAUUGUUUCUGGGUGGAGUUCCCAAUGUACCAGACAACUUCCCGUUUGGUGCCCGGGAGUUUAUUGGCUGUAUGAAGGAGCUACACAUUGACAACAAGCCUCUGGACUUGGCUGGAUUUAUAGCCAACAAUGGAACUGUUCCUGGCUGCAGUGCCAAACUGGCUUUUUGCAAGUCCAACCCCUGUCAGAAUGGCGGAACGUGCAGCGUGAGCUGGGAGACUUUCUCCUGUGACUGUCCACUGGGGUACGGAGGAAAGGACUGUAGCCAUGUGUUGCCACACGCCCACCGCUUCCUGGGUAACAGUGCCCUCUGGUGGGACCUGAAGAAUGACGUGACCAUUUCCACGCCGUGGUACCUGGGAUUGGUGUUCAGAACCAGAGCGCAACAGGGGACACUGCUGCAGGCUCAGGCCGGACAGUACACCAGCCUGCUGUUCCAGGUGAUAAACGGUCAGCUGGUGUUCUCAGUGACCCGCGGUUCGACCAGACCGGUGCGUUUGCGGUUGGACCAGGUUCAGGUGUCAGAUGGCCGAUGGCAUGAUCUCCAGCUGGAGCUGCGAGAUGUCCACAGUGGCCGCGAGACCCGUUACGUUGCCACGCUUCGGCUGGACUUUGGACUAUAUCAGGGAACAGUGAUAGUGGGAAAUGAGAUUCACGGUUUGAAGGUGAAACAUCUGCAUGUGGGAGGAGUUCUGGGAUCUGGAGAGGUUCAGAACGGGAUAAGAGGAUGCAUACAGGGUGUCCGACUGGGUGUCCGGCCUGACUCCCCUCCCUUGCCCCGCCCAUCAAAAUCUGUCAAAGCAGAGAUCGGGUGCACCGUUGGAAAUCCCUGCGUCUCGUCUCCGUGCCCCUCCCGCAGCCGCUGUUCCGACCAAUGGGAGCGGCAUACUUGUAUCUGUGAAUCUGGUUACUAUGGGAGAGGCUGCACUGACGCUUGUCACCUGAAUCCGUGUGAAAACGAGGCUCAGUGCCACAGGAAACCCACCUCUUCCCAUGGAUACACCUGUGACUGUGGAGACAACCAUUAUGGGCAGUACUGCCAACACAGGAUUGAUCACCAGUGUCCCAGAGGCUGGUGGGGGUCACCGUCCUGUGGACCGUGUCACUGUGACGCCAAUAAAGGUUUUGACCCUGACUGUAACAAGACCAGUGGACACUGUCACUGCAAGGAGUUUCACUAUCACCCGCGAGGCUCUGACACGUGCCUGCCGUGUGACUGCUACCCAGUCGGUUCUUUCUCACGUUCAUGUGACCCAGAAACAGGCCAGUGUCAGUGCAGGCCCGGCGUCAUUGGUCGUCAGUGCAACUCAUGUGACAGUCCCUUUGCUGAGGUCACAAAUUCAGGCUGUGACGUCAUUUAUGAUGGUUGCCCAAAGACCAUCACUCAGGGGAUCUGGUGGCCUCGGACCAAGUUCAACCUGCCAGCUGCAGUGCCUUGCCCCAAAGGCUCUGUUGGUGCAGCCAUUAGACACUGUGAUGCAGAGAGAGGAUGGCUGGAGCCUGACCUUUACAACUGCACCUCACCUCCAUUUGUGGAGCUCAAUGUUGCACUUGAUUCUCUGGAGCGUAAUGAGACGGAGCUGAACACCAUCAUGGAGAAGAAGCUUGCCCACCAGCUCCGCGACGUCACUGAGGCAACCACCCGUCUCUACGGCAAUGACUUGCAGAUUGCCGAACGACUGCUCUCCCGCCUCCUGACCUUCGAGGGCCAACAAACAGGCUUCGGACUCACGGCGACACAGGACGCGCACUUCAAUGAGAACAUUCUGCGAGGCUGCAGCGUGCUGUUGGGACCCGCAACCUCUGGCCUUUGGCGGGCUCUUGCUCAGAGUCAGAGUCACAUCCCAGGUGGAGGUCCAGCUGAGCUAACAGAGCUGCUGGAGCAGUACACCCAGACUCUGGCUCAGAACAUGAAGCUCACAUAUCUCAACCCUGUGGCUCUGGUUGCUCCAAACAUAGUCAUGAACCUGGACCGCGUUGACAACCACACCCAUGUGCGGCGGCGUUUCCCACGUUACCACACCACCCUGUUUCGCGGGCAGACCGUGUGGGAUCCGAACACUCAUGUAAUACUGCCCCCUGCUGCCCUGGUGCCACAACGACAGCAACAGCACAACUGGAAGGAGAAGGAGCGUACAGAUAAAGACCCCCCAGCUCCUCAGAACGCCGCUCCAGCGCCUGUUAGCACAGCAGCCAAUCAGACAGGGGAAUACACUGCAGCCAGGCGCACUGUCUCACUGCCAGAGCCACCUCUCACCAUCAUCAUCUUGUUGAUCUAUCGCAGUCUGGGUGCGGCUCUUCCUCCCAAGUAUCACACAGACCGACGAGGAGUGAGGCUUCCCAGACACCCAGUAAUGAACUCCCCAGUGGUCACUGUUUCUGUCUACAAUAACCAGACGUUUGUGGGUGGACACUUGGACCAGCCCAUUCUGCUCGAGUUCAAGCUGCUGGAGACGACGAAUCGCAGUAAGCCACUGUGUGUGCAGUGGAACUACAGCAACCAUUAUGAGAUAGGAGGAUGUUGGACGGUGAGGGAUUGUACGGUGGUGUACAGGAACACGUCUCACGUCCGCUGUCAGUGCCAGAGACUCGGCACCUUCGGUGUGCUGAUGGACAGUUCACAGAGAGAGCAGUUGGAGGGGGAUUUGGAGAUGCUGGCGCUGGUCAUGUACUCUUCUCUGUGUGUCUCAAUGUUGGCCCUCCUCCUCACUGUGCUGGUGCUCUCCUGCCUCCACGGCCUCAAGUCCAAUACCAGGAGCAUCCAUUCAAACACAGCAGCAGCCAUGUUUUUAUCUGAGCUGGUUUUCCUGGCUGGGGUCAAUCAGACUGAACAGCAGUUUCUCUGCACAGUCGUCGCCAUCCUGCUGCAUUACUUUUUCAUGUCCACGUUUGCUUGGAUGUUCGUGGAGGGCCUUCAUAUCUACCGUAUGCAGACUGAGCAGCGCAACAUCAACUACGGUGCCAUGAGAUUCUACUAUGCCAUUGGCUGGGGUGUGCCCGCCAUUAUCACAGGUCUGGCAGUGGGAUUAGACCCAGAGGGUUAUGGGAACCCAGACUUUUGUUGGAUUUCUAUCUACGACAAACUCAUCUGGAGCUUCGCUGGUCCUGUUGCCAUUGUCAUACUGCUGAAUGGAGGGAUUUUCACGAUUGUGGCCAAGAUGUCCUGCAACCCGUCACAGAAGGAGACUAAGAAGCUCCCGGUCAUUGCGACUAUCCGCAACGCCUUUCUGCUGUUGCUGGUCGCGACCGCCACUUGGCUGUGUGGCCUCAUGGCUGUGAACAACAGCAUCCUUGCAUUCUACUACAUAUUUAAUGUCCUGUGCCUCGUGCAGGGUCUGUCGGUGAUGCUGGUGUUCACCGUGUUCAACCCAGAGUUUCAGGAAGCCUGGAGAGUCGCAUGUCUGGGUAAGAAGGGCCCUGUAGAAGACCCACCAAGACCAGCACAGAGCACAGCUCAGAAUCCAUAUCACAAUGCAUCUCUGUUGGAGCAGAGUGGGCUGCACCGCAUCACCCUGGGAACAUCCACCGUCUCGUCUGUCAGCUCUGCCAGAGAAAAUCUUUUGGCUCGUCAAACUCUGGAGCAAAAUAUCGUCCACACUGGUGCGACAGACCUGGACGUAGCCAUGUUCCAUAGAGACGGAGGUGAGGACUCAGACUCGGAUUCAGACCUUUCCAUGGAAGAGGAGCGCAGUCUCUCCAUCCCUUCAUCGGAGAGUGAGGAUAACGUCCGACUCCGUGGACGCAUCCAGCGGAGAUUCAAACGCUCCAAUCACAGUGAGCGCCUGCUCACUGAGCCCGCCCACAAUGGCACCAAAGAUCUGGACGGAAAUGACCUUCUGUCCUAUUGGCCAGCAUUGGAAGAGAGUGACACACAAAGCCUGCAAAAGUGGGGCUCAGAGCGCCCCCUGGGAGGAGAUUACAGCAAGGACGCUGCCAACAACAACCAGGCUGAUGCAGCUCUGACCAGUGGUGAUGAGAAUGGUCUCACCCAGACACACAGGCACCGCAAGGGUAUCUUAAAGAACCGUCUCGGCUGUCCUCCAGCCCUCCAGGGUCUAUCCACUGUGGGCCGAGUCCCCAGUGAGCUUAACUGGUACAGAACCUCCACUCUGGGUCACAGAGGUGUCCCUGCUGCCUCCUACGGCCGCAUGUACUCUGCCAAUUCUGGUACUGGUGGAGGUACGGGCUCUCUUUCACAGCCAGGUUCACGCUACUCCUCCAGGGAGCAUCUGGACUCACUUGCCAGGAGGCAGCUGUCCAGAGAUCCACUUGGCAGGCAGACGGUCGGGGGAUCAAGGGAUCGACUGGACUCUCGGGGUUCCAGGGACAAUCUGGAUCUCUUACCCAGGAGAAGAGAGCUGGGGCUGGGACAGGGAACAGGGCUGGGGGGCCUGGGACUCGAACACCAGCGAGUCUCCUCAUCUAGAGAAAAUUUGACAGGAUCUAGGGACAGACUGGACAACCAUCACACGGGCAGUGUCCAUGCCUCCAGAGAGGACUUGAGUGGAAAUGGGGGGGCUGUUGGUGUGGAAAUUGACGGAUACCUCAGUGGAUCGAGGUCGCAGCUGAACACGCAGACUCGACGGCAGACCUCAUCCCGCGAACACCUAGCAGGGUCGAUGAUGAGCAGCAGGUCCAGGGACCAGCUGGACACCAACGGAGUGGGAGCCCUGGCUCAACCGUGUCGCGAGUGGCUUCGUACUCUGCCUCCCCGACAGCCCUCACACCCUGACCAGCCUCCCUCCUCCUCUCCUCCCCCCCCAAUCUCUGAGGAGCCUCAGCAAGAGCAAGUCCCUCCAGGUCAUGUGAGAGGACGACUGGACUCAGGUCCUCCAUGUAGGUAUCCUGGUCAGACUGUUCCCCAGGUCACAGGUUCAACUUUAAACCCACUAGGUCGACAGCCAUCUAGUGAACACCUGGACAUUCUGUCCUCCAUCCUAGCAUCUUUCAAUCCCACUGUCCUCACUCCUCCUUCCGCCGCCUCUAACCCAGGACAAAAUGGCUCCGCCCAUGGACCCUCCCCCCCUCCAUCACAGUCUGCCACCUCCCACAGCAUCUCUGAAGUCUCCCCUGACUCCGAAGCCAACAGAAGUGAAGGACAGUCUUGAUGACAGCCUCCAUAACCCUUUAUGCAUUGAGGUAGUGCUCAUCUGAUACAAGCUCCGAUGUCAUAAAUGGUCCUGAACCACUGAGACAUCAGAGGAUUGGAAACAAACUUGAGGCAGGAGAGACACAGACUGGAUAAAGACAGAGAGUUUGCUUGUUGAGUUUAAGAUCAUGUUUGUGGGCAGAAUGUACUGUAAAAAUUACAUUUUAGAGUCUUUCAGCCUUCAAUAGUCUUUCUCUGGACAAUACGACAACCACCUCUACUACCUAAAAACUGUUAAACUAACACAAACUCCUCAGAUUUCCAACUCAAAUGUCAGUCUAAUCCAGACAAUAUCUGUCUAAAAGAAAAAAAGAAAAGACUGUAAAUAACAUUUUUUUAUACAUUUUGUAUCUUUUUCAUUGGAGAUGAAGAAGAAAUCUCUUGUGAUGUUUUCCUUUUUUAAAAUGAUUGUGUCCAUGUGAGGUUGUGAGUGAGGUUGGUACGAGUGCAGCGUUGUUUGUUGCUGAGGGAACCGUUUUCCCCUGCAAUGGAAAAAAACCCCAGUAAAACCUAAAUUUUCUCCCCGAAAACAAUUUUCCUCAAUUUUUCCUCAGAGACUUUUCCGCAAACUCACCAACUUUGUGUAUACUAACGUCAUGGGCCCAGCAAUAGUAUCUGAUGAGAUUGUCAAAACACAAAAUGUAACCGAAGGCAGAAUAUCAAAGUAAUGAAAAGUGAUUGUAAAUACAGGAAGGGAUUAUAUUAAGAGAAGAGAUUUGAUGGGGUGAAAUGAUUGUGCAGAAUAAGAUAAAACAUUGGUGGACGUUGGUGCUUCAGCUGUUCAAAGUUCAGUCACAAGUGUCAAAUGAUCAGCUCUUUCAGGAGAAUUUGCUGUUUUGUGAUCCACUGUAUAUGAAAGUGACCUUGUCAUUUGUCAGUGUGUCUUUGUGCCUGGUGCUGUCUGAACCACAACAUAUCAGUAAACUGAAACGACAAGACCAUAUCUUCAGUAUUUUGGGGACCUGUCAGGUGAAAGUAGAUGUAACGUGUAACAACCAUUGAAGGCUCCUCAAGGCAUUCGGAAUUUUGAUGCAUCAUGACCACAGAACAAACUGAAUGUUUUUACGCAGCAUCCAGAAGACGUAUUUAUCGAAGCUUCUUGAGCAGAAAUCUGUGCAAAUCCAAGCCAAAGGGACAAGUGCUUAAAAUCACUUAAGAGCAUUCCACAUUUUCUGUGAUGAAAUUAACGUGUGCAGUGAAAACUAUAGCUGUAAUUCAGUUUUAUUUGAAUGAUUUUUCCUUUUAUUGACUGUUUGUGCCAUUGAAAUAUGUCAUGCAUUAAGAUUUGUUUGUAAUCGGA